AUGGCGCCCUCUCAGGAUCCCGCCCAUGUGGAAGACGGCGGCAAACUCCCCGUCCACCACACAGAGUUCUCGGGCCACAACUCCCAGGUCGAGCUCAUCGAAGCCGCCGUCGCAGCCAGUGAUGCAGAGGCUCUCAUCCCCAAGAAGGAGCUGUUUAGUCGCUACGCUCCUGCUGUGGCAUUCAGUAUGGCUUUGAGUGUUGCGCUGGUCAUGGAGGGAAUGGAUGUCGGUCUCAUCAACAACUUCUUCGCUCAUGAUGCCUACCUCAACCGCUUCGGUUGGCCCGAUGCUGACGGCAAGCAACACAUUUCUACAAAGUGGCAGGGUGCUAUCGGUGCUGGAAACAACUGUGGUUCUAUCCUUGGUCUUUUGCUCAACGGUUUCCUCCAACAGCGAUUCGGUUCUCGACGUGUUUACAUGUUCGCCAUGGCUCUCAUGUCCUGCACCAUCUUCGUCCUCUUCUUCGCCGUCAACGUCGAAAUGCUCCUCGUCGGUAACCUCCUCUGCGGUAUCCCGUGGGGUAUCUUCCAGACCCUCACCACCGCCUACGCCGCCGAGAUCUGCCCCGCCGCCCUCCGAGGUUACCUGACCGCCUGGGUUUCCAUGUGCUGGGGAGCCGGAAGUUUCCUCGCCACCGGUGUCCUCCGCGGCUCUCUCGAUCUCAAGGGCGACGCUGGUUGGCGUGUCCCUUACGGUCUGCAGUGGAUGUGGAUUCCUCCUCUGUUCACCGUCGCUUUCUUCGCCCCCGAGAGUCCCUGGUACCUCAUCCGCCGCGGUAAAUUCGAGGAGGCUGAGAACAGUCUUCGUCGUCUCGCUCGCAAGGGCCACUACACUGAUGAGACCAUGGCUCAGACUCUUGCUCUCAUGAAGCACACCAACGAGAUGGAAAAGGUCGAGGCUGAGGAUGCUAGCUUCAUGGAUUGUUUCCGUGGCACCAACGCCCGCCGAACUGGUAUCGUCUGCAUGGCUUGGAUCAUCCAGAUUCUCAACGGUCAAUCCAUCACCAGUUUCGCUGCUAUCCUGCUCAAGUCUGUUGGUAUGAGCAGCAAGAACGCUUUCAACUACAACAUGGGUAUCCAGUCCGUCAACAUCUUUGCUACCGGUAUCGCCAUCACUCUCAUGGGUAGAAUCGGCCGUCGUACAUUCUACUUCUGGGGUUCUUCUGGAAUUGGCGCUUGUAUGUUGAUCAUUGGUAUCCUGGGCUUCGCUGCCGACGGCGACAAGGUAGCAAUUGUCACUGCUGCCUUCCUCGUCGUUGUCCAGUGUAUCUUCAAGGUUUCCCUUGGUCCCACCACCUACGUCGUCGUCGCCGAAACCGCCUCCAGUCGUGUCCGAGCCCAGACCAUUGUCAUUGGUCGUGCCGUCUACGUGUGUGGUCAGAUUAUUGUCCAGCAGCUCAACCCCCGUAUGCUCAACAGCAGCAGCGACGCAUGGAACUGGGGAGCCAAGACUGGAAUGUUUUACUUUGGCCUCUGCUUCAUUUGGGCUGUCUGGAUCUUCUUCUUCCUUCCUGAGACCAUGAACCGUAGCUUUGCCGAUCUCGACUACCUCUUCCAGAAGAGGACCAACGCCCGCAAGUUUACUACUACUCCUAUUGACUUGUUUGAGAUCGUUGGACCUGGCAGGGACGAUAAGCUUCAGGGUGUCGAGGUUAUCACUCCCGUCAACACCAACACGGCGGGACAAGAUAUCGAGGGUGGCAAGAAGCUAUAA